AUGCCCUCCAUCACCACGCAAGACGGCACCGAGAUCUACUACAAAGACUUGGGAGCCAAGACAGCUCAACCCAUUGUUUUCAGCCACGGAUGGCCAUUGAGCUCGGACGACUGGGAGAACCAAACCUUCUUCUUCGCCAGCAAAGGAUACCGCGUGAUCGCGCACGAUCGCCGAGGUCAUGGCCGUUCAUCCCAGCCCUGGGAAGGUCAUAACAUGGACACCUACGCUGACGACCUCCAUCAGCUGUUCGAGAAGCUCGACCUCAAGAAUGCCAUCAUGGUCGGCCAUUCCACCGGUGGAGGAGAAGUGGCCCGAUUUUUGGGUCGCCAUGGCACCAGCCGUGUCUCGAAAGCGGUGCUGAUAUCGGCUGUCACACCGGGGAUGGUCAAGACGGAGGCCAACCCCGCGGGUGUGCCGCUGGAAGUAUUCGACUCUUUCCGGGAAGCUAUGGUCAAGGAUCGAGCACAAUUUUUCAUCGAUGUGCCCACAGGUCCGUUCUUCGGAUUCAAUCGACCAAAUGCGACGGUGAGCCAAGGCAAGAUCUGGAGUUGGUGGCAGCAGGGCAUGCGAUGCGAUUUCAAGGCCACGUACGAUUGCAUCAAGGCAUUCUCCGAGACCGACACCACCGAAGAUCUGCGAAGUGCGGAUAUCCCUAUUUUGAUUUUGCAUGGAACUGAUGAUCAGGUCGUGCCGAUUGAAACGAGUGGACGACGGGCAGUGCAGUUUUGUAAACAUGGUACCCUGAAGGAGUAUCCUGGAGCUCCCCAUGCUUUACCGACGAUCUGUGCUCCAGAGGUAAACCAGGAUAUAUUGAAGUUCAUUCAAGAAAGUAUAUAA